AUGGCCGCCCAGCAGCGCAGUUGCGGUCUGUUUGGCCGGCUGACACCGCUUCUCCAGGUGGGCGGGGCUACUGCGGGGCUCGGUGUGUCACAUGAUCCGCGCAGAGCCAGGCUGACCAAUUCCAAUAUGGUGGCCAGCUUGGCAGGUCUACGGUUCCUGUUGAUGGUAUUGUUGUUGUGCGGGAUCAGGCUCGGCGCCUGCAGCCAGGAAGCUCCGCCGGUCCUGGGGCUGCGACUGGAACAGCCGGCGGGUCCGGUGUACAUGAAGAACCGGCUCAUCUCUGCGCCAGAAGGAGCCAAUUUCACGCUCCGUCUGUUCGGGUCGGAUCUGAAUGGAAGCUUGCCGUGGCUGGCGUUCGCAGGGGCAGCUGGCGGAGCCGUCGGGGCGGUGGGUGAUGCGCCUGACCCGUGCGGGCAGGAAUCCCUCCGCCAGCAGUCCGCCUUCCAGGUGAAGGGGGACUUCAUCCCGGACGAGGUGCACAGCGGGCUGGUGCGGGUGACGGUGCGGCGGAGCAGCAUCUCUGCGGGGGCAGCCGGCGGAGGGCAGACGUACCACUACCUGUGCGUGCUGAGGGGGGGGAAGUGGGCUUCCGCGGGCCCGGACAGACUGCGGGUCAUCACCAAGGAUCUGCCCGUGGACUACAUCCCGCCGUGGGGUCUGGCGGUGCUGGUGGUGCUGCUGCUGCUGGUGUGCGGGCUGCUGAGGACCGUGAACCUCAGCCUGCUGUGGCUGGACCCGGUGGAGCUCUAUGUCCUCCACAGCUGCGGCUCCGAGGAGGAGAAGCGGGCCGCCAAGCGCCUGGAGCCAAUCAGGAGGAGGGGCAACUUCCUGGCGUGUUCCCUGCUCUUCCUGUGCGUCCUGGGCCACUCGGCCCUGGGUGUGCUCCUGUACCGGGCGUUGGGCUCCAUCCUCUCCGCAGUCUUCACCAGUGGCUUCCUCGUCUUCUUCCUGGCCGAGCUGGUCCCUCACAUCGUGUGCUCCGGUUAUGGCUUCCAGCUGGCGCCGGGUCUGACCUGGCUGGCCCAGGUUUGUAUGGUGCUCACCUGCCCUCUGUCCUGCCCCCUGGGGCUGAUCCUGGACCUGGGCCUGAGGAGGGACAUCAGCACCUGUGGUAUCAGGGAGAGGGCCUUGGAGAUGAUUCGCACAAGCACCAAUGAUCCGUACAGUGAGUUUGUGAAGGAGGAGUUCAGCCGCGGGACGCUGCGCAUUAAGACGGUGGAGGACAUUCUGACUCCUCUGAAGGACUGCUACAUGCUGCCCAGCUCGGCCGUCCUGGACUUCUCCACCAUGUCUGAGAUCAUGCAGAGCGGAUACACCAGGGUGCCCAUCUAUGAGGAGGAGAAGUCCAACAUUGUGGAAAUCCUGUAUGUAAAAGAUCUGGCCCUGGUGGACCCAGACGACUGCACCCCCAUGACGACCAUCACCAAGUUCUACAAUCACCCGCUGCACUUUGUCUUCAAUGACACCAAACUGGACGCCAUGCUGGAGGAGUUCAAGAAAGGCAACUCUCACAUGGCCAUCGUCCAGAAAGUGAACAACGAGGGGGAGGGAGAUCCCUUCUACGAGGUGCUGGGAUUGGUCACCUUGGAGGACGUCAUCGAGGAGAUCAUCAAGUCAGAGAUCCUGGAUGAAUCUGACGGUUACUUGGACAGGAAAGUGAUGCGCCCUCUCCCCCAGCUGGAGAUUCUGCUGGAGCCUCGCAGCGCUCACGAGGAGUUUUCUCUUUUCAAGCCUCCCGAGGGAGAACCCAAGAUCCGCACCUCGCCGCAGCUGCUGCUGGCUACACACCGCUUCCUGUCCAGAGAGGUGGAGCACUUCAGCCCUGGACGCAUGACUGAGAAGGUCUUGUUCCACCUGCUCCGUCACCCCAGCGUAAACCAGGAAGUGCACUUUGACCCCAGCGAGCGGCUGAGCCCGGGCCAUUAUCUCUACACCCGCAACCACCCGGUGGACUAUUUCAUCCUGCUGCUGCAGGGCCGUGUGGAGGUGGAGAUCGGAAAAGAGGGGCUGAAGUUUGAAAAUGGGGCGUUUACUUACUACGGCGUUUCUGCUCUGACGCUACCAUCUUCAGUGCACCAGUCUCCAGUAUCAACACAGACUACAUCUCCCAGGGAUCCCUUUGAGUCAGCAGACGCAGCCAGCCCGUCCAGUUAUUGUCCUGACUACACCGUCCGAGCUCUCACUGACCUGCAGCUCAUACGGGUCACACGUCUCCAGUAUUUGAACGCUCUGAUGGCGUCUCGCGUCGGCCAGAGUCCAGAUCCACCUGAGAUUAAGAUCCUGCCCAACAGCCAGACCAAGCUGCUCAACGACAGAAACACCACACAAGGUGGGAGCGGAGCCCAAGAAAGCUCCACAGAAGAGGAGGCUCAUGGGUAGUGCAGUUCUGUCUGCACGCUGUAAAAAGAAAAAAACAUUUCUUUGUGUUUUAUAUAUAUUAUAUAUAUCAUCUAUGGCUGGAACGUAGUUUUUGGACAUGACUGGAGUAAGAGUGAUUUUAUUUUGUCUUUUAUGUUGAUCCACUGCUCACACUUUUCAUCUCUAGCCCAUUAUAUUAUAAGUUUUCAAUUGCAAUUAUUAUUUUAUGUUGUUUUAUACACUUUGAAUUACUAUUUUACAAACACACACUUUAUUUUGGCUUUACCUUUCUUACAAGUAUAGUUUUUCACACUAAACUCAGAAUUUCCAUUCCUCACUUUUUCCUGUCUGGGUGCCAAAGCUACAUGUGUAUGUGUAUGGUUUUUUGUGUGUGUUUGUGGGUGUGUACUCAAGCAUCCGUCUGUUUGAGACACUUAAAAACACUCAAGUUAUUUGAAUGCAGAUUUGCACAUUAAAGUUGUGCACUGGCAAUCAUUUAAGCUAUUUUAUGGUACAUAUGGGUUUUAUAUCCUACAGUCACAAUUCUGUCAGGCGGACAGUGUGUAUAUGGCCAAAAAGGUUUGAACCGUGAAACAAUGGCGGAUGGUUUAUACUGUAAAAAUUCAAGGUGUGACCCAAACUAGGGAAAAAACAGCCAAAAUAUGGAUCUAAGUGUGGUAAUUCAUACAAUAUUGUAAUUAGAGGACAAACAAGUUAUCAAAAGAAAAUGAAUCACAAACUAUUUUCAUAGUCCAUUCAUCCAUAAUUCUAAUCAUUUUAAGGCAAAAGUGCCACCUUCCAUGGUUCUAGCUCCUCAGUUUUGAAAUAGUAAAGAAGUCGCAUUGGGAUUUAGAAAACUGUGACAGGCAAUUACUCAUCAUUUGCAAUGCUCUUGUACAGCUGCAUUUGUUUAGAAACAUUUAACAUUUGAAAACUACUUGUUUAAUCAAGAGUUGUUGACAACAUGUUUGUAGGGUUAGAAUUGUUUUUUACAAUUAUUAAAUCCAUUUGGUCAGCAUGUUGAGUUCCGUAAGCUCCCACGGUAGAAGAUGGCAAAAGUAUUUAUCCAUAAAACAACAGAUUCCUUCAUAUUAAUAACAAAUGUUACUUACACAUGUUUGUACUUGUCAUAUGAUAUCUGCUGUUGUUGGAUCAGCGCUGGUGUUGACUCUCAAAACCUUCAGAAAUGAUACCCAGCCAUACCCACUCUAAAAUAAUUUGGAUUCAAAAAAGUAUUUUAUCUGAAUGCACGAAGUAUUUACAAAUGUACUUCUCUCUUCUAAAAUACUCUUUUUAUACCCUUGUUACACUUUAUCUUUAUACUGGACCUAUGCACAUUGAGGUACCGCUAUUUCACUAACCCUGAAUCUGUGGUCCAUUGAGUCAUUUAAACCAUCGACUGUAUGAUUUAAACCCAGGAACUAGUCCGAUCUAUUUCUCACAUAUUUGAGUUUGUUAACAUUCCAAUAAAUUUUCACAACUCUCUUUGUUUGUGAGUCUGUGUGAGUGCGAAAUUCUGCAAUAUUUCACGAGUACAUGUCAGCAAGCAAGCAUCCUGUCAUUAUUAGCUCCAUUACACACAUUGUGUGUUUAAUAGCCAAACAUGCAUUUUAAGCUUUCGUCAUCCAAGUCAUUGUUGCAUGUACACAUGUGGACUAUGUUAGAAAUGGUUUCUAAAUAAAAUUUCCUGUGUUUGUAUAUUAAUGUAAUAUUGAUGAGGAGGAACUUAAUGAGGCAUUUAGAGCCAUUUAAUAAACCAGUGCUUUAAUAAAAAUUGUUUUGGGGUUUUCCAAAUGUAUUUUAAUGAAAUACUCACAAGCCAUGACUCUUGUGAAAGUUCCGGGUCACUGUAAACAUUCACUCCGUUCAUACAGGAUUAGGAACGGCUCCUUUGACGGCACUGUAUAAAAAUGAGCAAAAAUACACCAAAGGUUUAACAUGAGGGGUAUGUUGGGAAAUAACUACUUUGUCUUGUCCACGCUCAAAGGCAGUAAUCAAUAAAUGUGAAGAAUAAAACGUGCACUUCCAGACAAUGUGUCCUGGAAGGAAUUCUAUGGAUUAAAUAGCACUUAUUCAAUCGUCAAUUAGUUAAUGGUUUAAUUUGAUCAAGCAAAAAUUAGCUGGUUCCAGUUUCUCACAUGUAAGAAUUUGCAGCCUAAAAUUAUAGCAAAUAGUCCAAAACAAAACAAAUACAUUUGAAAACAUUACCCUAAGCUCUGAGGGGAAAAAAAACACAGAAAUUAUUCUAAAAGUGACAGAGAGAGUUUAGCAGGAAUGUAGACUCAGAUAAUAACGUGGCCUCCACACGGUUCAGUUGCUGUGUGAAGUUUUAUCAGUGUUUUUCCAAAAUUAGCUGACAUAGCCUUUGUUGUAGCAUUGAUGACUUUAGCCAAAGCUACAACAGUCGUGACUUGCGUCAGUCCGUCCGGUGUUAUGAUGGAGUGUCUCCUGUCAUCUUAACAUGAACCAGUGACUAACGCCCUAGUUCCUGCGGAAGCACUGAACCACAACUUCUGUGUAAGCCCCAACCAUAACUGCCCAACCCAAGGAAGUAUUAUGAAGUCAUACAUUUAGCACUUUGAAUAAUUUGAUGAUAAAUAUUCAGAUGCGUCACCACUCGUGUACAGUGUGCACACAUAGCCACAACCAUUGUCCCCUGUGGACAAUAUUAGAGUGAUGGUGUGGAUUGAAAUUUCGAUUGAAUCAUCAGUCCAAACCUUGUUUAAUGCCUGUAAAAGAAAUACAAUUCCCAAGAUGCCUCUCAAUGCAAAACGACCAAAUACAAAUUCAUAUUCUUUUACAUUUGCCACCAAUGUUGAGCAGAUGCUUCAAAUCAUUUUACAUUAGCUGCUGUUCUGCAACCUGAUUCCUUCUCCAAAGAUCCCCACCUCUAAUAGCAACCCUGAUGGAUGUUUUUAACAAAGUCCCCUAAUCCAAACUUAAUUAAAAAGUCCAAGUGGUGGCCACAAAAUGAUCUUUUAGCAACAUGGAGGAUGCUCAAUUAAAUGUUCAUAGAGAAUGUAGAGAAACAGUCACCCUGCAACGUGGCUCAGCGAGGCGAAAAAGGGAGUUUAACACUUAAACAGAUUUAUUAUGGAAUUUAAUCCAUUUAAUUUGAAGACACACUUUCCCUCUGCUAAAUUUAAGUGUCUUUUUUGGCCAUUACAGUGCAGUCUUGGCAUAUUCUCACAGUAUGACAUGUGAGUAUUGUAUUAAAAUGACCUUGGGUUGUUUGAGUCAGCUCUGCACCAGCUGUUACAUUACCAACUUUUGAUUCCAUGUGUGAUUGAUUUUUUUCAGUGUUACCACAUUUUGUCACAAUUUUUUAUGACUGAUUCUAAGUAAAUAUUUUCAGCUGUUUGCUUAUUUUGUUUUGUUGUAAUAAGUUCAUUUUUAUGGUAUCAAAAGACUGAAUGUUGAAGAGAUAAUUAUUACUUUGUGCUUAUUAGACUGAUGAAGACAGAGGUAUUUUUGGGGGGUGAUGAUGUGGAGAGCUGUGUGUUUAUAUAUAUAUGACUGCUUGGAUAGAAUAUAAUUUGAGGUUGUAGUUUAUAGGUAAGCAAAUCUCAGUUUUUCAGGUACAAUGAUGAGUUAUUGAGAACUAAACAGUUAAAUCGAUCGAUCUUUAUGUUCAGGUCACAUUUGUAGAGAAAUAUAACUUUGGUUUUGGGAAUGCUGCCAGUUUUGGGUGCAUUAUGACUCCAAUGCAUUUAACACUUAAACAAGUUUCUUAGGAAAUAAAAUCAAUCUUGUUCUAAAUAA